AUGGGCAGUGUUCUGGCUCUGUCCUCUGCUUCAGGUCAAAGCUGGCCUUUCUCCACAGAGCCUGCUCCUUCUCGCUGGGAUGCACACCCUGCACACUGGGACAGCCCUCCUCGCUGGGAAAGAAGAGAUGGACGCCUACCCAACCCUGGCAGCUUCCACUCUUUGCACAGAAGCUGCAAAGAAGUGUUUCCUCAACAAAUUGAAGGAGUUAAGAUGAUACUUAAUAAAACUUUGAGUAGUUUCUUCAAGGUUAGUCAUACUCUUCAUCUUAGUGCUGUUAGUCCUUCAUAUUACCGAUUCCACGUGGAGCAUUUGCAAACGGAUGACAACAGCAAAGACAAGGAUGCACCAGCAUUAAUUGGUGAGAUGGAUUCUUCUGGGAGUCUAAAUGCCCAUGCUUUGUUGCAUUUAACCGAACGUGUUAGAGCCAGGACAGUCUUUCAGACACAACAGUCCCAAUUUGUAACAUGGCAAUUUGAAACAGAAUACAGGGGAAAUGACUUCACAGCUGCAGUGACAGUAGCAAAUCCUGACAUUGCCCGUGAGUCUGUCAUUCUUGUAGCACACUUUCUGCAGAGUGUUUCAUCUGGUCUAGUUUUGGGAGGCGAGCUUGUUUACCAUCGAGGUCGAACAGAGGAAGGUGGAAUUCUGACUUUAGCUGGCCAAUACUCCAAGCCAAAUUGGGUGGUGACAUUAAAUGUUGGAAAAGGAGGAGCUCAUGCAAGCUACUAUCACAAAGCUAACAAACAGAUUCAAGUUGGGGUGGAGUUUGAAGCAAGCACAAGAACUCAAGAAACCACGACCUCAUUUGGAUACAAGAUGGAGCUCCCUGAGGCCAACAUGGUCUUUCGUGGAAUGGUGAACAGUAGAUGCAUCAUUGGAGGUGUUUUAGAGAAGCGUCUUACACCACUUCCUGCCACGCUCAUUAUGGGGGCUUUUGUGAAUCACAGAGGAGACAAGCUUCAAGUGGGUCUCGGUGUUAAUGUCGGAUGA